UCUGUCGAUGUUCCACUGUCCGCUUGCUUGCUGCACAUCUGUUAGACCAGCCCUCCCGUUCUCUCAUUGUUAGGCCUGUGCCUCGUGCUUGUAUGAUUUCUGGGGCUAAAUGUGAUCCUCUUGUUCCUGAUGGGUGGGAAUGCUGGGCUGAAAUGGUGCACAUGAUUCCACUCAUCCAUGAAUACAAUUGCUGCGGUGAGCCAGCAAUGUGCUGCAUGAAUAAUUCAUCAUGGAUGUAUCGGCGUGUGCAGACUGUAAUCAGACUGUAAUCUGACAUGCAAACACAACGAGCACACUGAACUGUCUCGAUCCUACUUGUGCUCUUUUUAAAAUAGCUGCUUUGUUCAUGAAACAAAAAAUUGAUUGAGUGAAGGUCUGUUUUCUGUGCUCAGUGCACAAUGGAUGUGCUCAGCCUUGACAACAAAACACUAACAAAAUGCACUUAGUAGUGUGUGUGUGUGUUGCUAUGACCAUAAAAGAAAAUGUAUGUACUUAAUUGCUAAGGUAGGCCGUCUAAGUGAUUCUGCCUUCAGAUGCUUUUAAUACCGCCUGACCGGAAGCUUGUUGGCACUAGCUCACCUGUAAUUGUUGCCGUUUCCUUUUAUUGUCUGAAAGCCGAGAAUGGUCAUUUCUUCCAAAAGUCUGCUUUUGUGAGCCAGGAUGCUAUACUUUAGGAUGCUAUACUGUGGUCAACGUAACCACUCGUCCACCAUGCGGCUGAAUACAACCAAAUCUGCUGCCUAAUUUAUACAGCCAUGAUCAGUUUUUAUACACAUACAAUUGUCCAUAGGUAUGAAUGUGAGUGUGAAUGGUUGUUUGUCUAUAUGUGCCCUGUGAUUGGCUGGCGACCAGUCCAAGGUGUACCCCGCCUCUCGCCCAAAGACAGCUGGGAUAGGCUCCAGCACCCCCGCGACCCUCGUGAGGAAAAAGCGGCAGAAAAUGAAUGAAUGAAUGAAUGAAUGAACUCUUUCUUCUGAUGGCUAACAAUCUAAAAAAAUCUAAUGAAUGGGUGCAUUUUGUUAGUUGCUGUGGUAGAAUCUAGGCCCUUGAGUCUAGGGUAAUACUUUGCACUUAACAGGAAGUCACUGUGUCACUAGACAGGAGUUGCUAUGUUGCUGUUGUUCACACGUCUUUGCGAUAUUAACGACAUUAAAAAAUAUUACAACACAUAUUGACUGAACUGACCCAUUUUUCAUCGAAAUGGCCUCUUUGGCUCUUUGCUCUUGUCUUGUAUGUCAACCAAAGCAAUCAACCAUAUAUGUGAAUGUCGACUUAAGCUGGCACUUUUGAGUAAUGUUAAGAACAUGGUGGACCGGGAGUUGACAUCAGGGAAACCGACUUAAGCAGGUUCUACUGUAUAUAUGUACAGUCAUAGUUUAUUAAUUGUAUUGCUCCUAUUGUAUUGAGAUUUCUUACGAGUAAAUUCUGUUUUACUCGUGUUUCAUUCAUCACAAUUUUACCCAUCAGGUACUAUUCUGUGUUGACUGUGGUCAUCAGUCAUGGGUUUUUUUUGGCUUAGGUUUGACUUGAGUGAGUAACAAGUACAAACUUGAAGCAUUAUUGUCUUCAAUUGUCUUUUUUUAUGACUAUUAGUGUGGCGUUAGCUAACUAGCGUACCUGUCACAAAUGGAUUGCAUGAAUUUGAAUCACUUGAGCAAAGCUGUUGCAAUGGUGGCCAUGUUUCAGCGUUGGCACGACGAUCCCUUGACAUUUGACAAGAAGCAAGGCAUAGCAGCUGAUGCAGCUUGUUGUAAGCGUGUGUAAUCUCAGCCAGUCAUUACAGUGGGCUUGCCAUCAGACGCCAUGUGACACAAAUAGAGGUUCAGCCUGAAAUGAGCAGUCGAGCCUCUUUAAACAGAUGUGUUGCUAAGAUCCUCGUAGAUGAGGCGGACUCGGCGGGAUUGGGAGCAGCCGAGCUCGUUCUGGGUUUAGCAAAGGUCAGGCCUCUUAAUGCUCAUCUUUAUAAUCCUAAUCACUUACAGGUCGAUUCAUUAGAUUCUAAUACCCAUGAAACUAAACCAAGGGUUCGUCUCUUUAACUACUGCAAGAUGUUUUGUAGAAUAAAUGUUUGAUCCUCCAAUGAGUUCUGUUUCGUAUGACCUUCCUGUGUUCUUGUCUCCUGAGCAACAGAGGGCAAUAAAAUGCCCUUCGGCUGCUGAGUCCAAGGGUGUCCAAGUACACUGAUUCCUCCUCUCCCUGCACUGCAUCAGCCAUGAAGUCAGAUGGUCUGGGGACUACUAAUAAGUCAGGAGACGGACAAACGUCCAAGGCAAAGACAGAAAAAAAGCCAGGAGAGCGGAGUGCAGCGGCAGCAAAGCCAAAGAUACCACCGGCCGGGGCGCCAGUUUUGAAUGGCACUGGAGCGGCGUCAGGAGCCAAGCGGGAGGUCGCCAGCACCCACGUUUCUGCUCGCUCCCGUGCGGUGAAGGAGACGGAAAAGAAGCUGGGCACGAGACCUAAAACUUCUCCCCCGAGCUGCACUGCAGUGAGGACGCAGAGGAGCGUGACUGCGAAAGCCGACAGCACAACGCACCAUGCCGCUUCUUCCACAUCAGGUGGCGCCUCGCCAGAAAACGGCACCAGUAGCCCUCGAAACGGCACCCACUCUCUCCCAGGAGCAAAGCCCAAACAGCAGGCAAAGCUGGUGAACAAACCCACACUGACAAAGUCAGAUUCAACAAAGACCACCAGUAGUCCUGCCAACAAGACCAGGGUGAAAGAAAGCGUCAACGUGAAGUCAGCAGAGGGUGCUGGAGCAGCAUUAAGAGCAGAAAACAAAGGCAAAGGAGUCCCAGCCAACAAUGAUGCCAAGCAUGGACCUGCGGGGAAAAAGCUUACUUUGUCCAAGAAAGAAUUAGACAGCAAGGAAGGGUUGAAAUCCUCCACACCAAACAAGCCACAGGGUGAAACUGCCAAGAGGGUUCUCAGUCGAGCCUCUGCUAAAUCCAGUUCUAAACCUAGUAAAGUCUCUCCAACUCCUUCGAAGCAACUGACAACUGCUACUAAGUCAGGACCAAAGCUGAAAAAUCGGACUGAGACGACGAUCAACACUGAAAAUGCCUCAUCAAAAUGUGGAGCAAUUCUGAGAACUGCUAUAGAGGCAAAAGAGACUGAGAAUGAUACAAAUUUGGUCUGUAAAACUGAAUCUGCGCCACAUAAAAAUGUUGAAGAGAAUAAUGAUAGUAAGGGGCUAGCAAGCUCUGAGGAGCCGGAAGCACAACCACCAAGCCAAGACCAACACCAAGAUUCACUAAGCCUCCAUCUGGACUCAACAUCUAUUCAAAGUGUCCACAAAAAUGAAAUGCAGACUACCACCCCACACGGGGCAGAAGAACUUAGCAUUUCACCACAAGAAGUCAGAUCUGUGAGUGCUAUUAAAAAGUCUGAAAGUAACACAAGGUUAAGGUCUCCAUGUAGCCCCGUAGACACCCCUUGCAGUAUGGGAAGCACUAGCACUCCUUUGGAGGACUCCUGGACCAGCAUGCACCAUCAGGUCAGCCCCGCGUCUGAGACUGGUAGCACACACUCCACUUCCUCAGACGACAUCAAGCCCCGCUCUGAGGACUACGACGCUGGAGGCUCGCAAGACGAUGACUGCUCCAAUGACCGAGGCGUAUCCAAGUGUGGCACCAUGCGCUGCCAUGACUUCUUGGGGCGCAGCAGCAGCGACACCAGCACCCCUGAGGAGUUGAAGAUAUACGAAGGUGGAGCGGGACUGAGAGUUGAAGUGAGGUUACGUGGCCGGGAGGCUGAGACUACAAGUGAGGAAGAGGGAACAAGGCGCCGUCCUCAUUCAUGGUUGCCAAGGGAAGAGCAUUCAGGGGCCACUGUAACUACAAACAGCGUUCCUGAGCACCAAGCCUCUGAAGAUGAGGACGAUGAUGAAGAAGAAACUGAGGAGGAAAGGUCUGAAGUUGAAGUGAUCCCAAGUCAGGGCCCAACUGAACCCUCGCCACCGUUCCAGGGUAUCGUCAACCUGGCGUUUGAUGAUGACACUCUAGACCAGGAGAACGAGCAACCAGAUUUUCAGUCUACAUCCAACUUCCGUCGAUCCAUUUUGCUCUCUGUGGACGAAUGCGAGGAGUUGGGCUCAGAGGAAGGCUGCGCCCAGACCCCGCAAGACCCUGACGAUGCGGCCACCCCAUGUGAUGUUUUUGAGUCCGAUUCCAUUACUCCUCAGUCACACUGUGCUCCCUCCCACUCGCCAAAUCAAUGUGAACAUUCAGGUACCAAGCAUACAGAACAAAGUGAGGAACAUCAAGAAAGGUCCUUGGUAUUCCUGACGGAGGUUCAAGAGCGUGUGCAAGAAGAGAGUAACGAAACCCAAGCGGACGCAGAAAGGACCAGCCCGCCUCUGCUGAGCACUGACAUCAGAGACCCCCCGCCCCAGGAGCGUCCGUGUCACCUUGACCUGCGGCACACUCAACAGUACACCAACGGAACACUACGGAAAAAUCAAGCAGAAACCAAGAAGGCCGAUUUACAUCUGGACUUAAAUGAGCCACAAAUUACAGGGGACUCUCCUGUUCAUGCUGCACAAUCUCCAGCAGGCGACAUUGCUUGUGACAGAUUGGAUCUAAGCGGCAAUCAUGAGCGGACGCCAUCCAAAGCCCUCUCCCCCAUUUACGAGACGGAUGCGGGAGAAACGUUUGCGCACUGCAUGGACAAAGACAGGAGACAUCGGGCAGAGGAAGGAGAGCUGAGAGUGGAUGAUGAGUACAAAAGCAUCGGGUUUGCCGAGCAGGACUGGAGCCUGCUCAGGCAACUCCUCUCGGAACAUGAGUCCAAUCUGGGUGUCAUAAAUCCGGUGCCCGAAGAGCUGAACCUUGCCCAGUACCUCAUCAAGCAGACGCUGUCCUUGUCGCGGGACUGUCUUGACACGCAAGCCUUCCUGUCCCCAGAGAGGGAGACGUUCAAACGCUGGGCAGAGCUUAUCUCACCCCUGGAGGACUCGUCCACCAGCAUCACGGUGACUAGCUUCUCCCCAGAAGAUGCAGCUUCACCACAGGGGGAGUGGACCAUUGUGGAACUGGAAACCCACCACUGACUGCAAGCAGGGCCUGUCGCACAAAUACGACAUCAUGUUUAGCCAUUCAUUCUGAGCAUACAAUAUCAUUUAUUCUCAUUAAUACAAGAUGCUAUGUUUUGUCUGUUACACUCAAUGGGGCUAUUAUGCAUGCAGACCUUUUUUUUCUUAAUGGGUGACUCAUGUUGUUUCAAAAGUUUUUAAAAAGUAGGGAAAACACUUAUGUCAGUUUGACUGAUAUACCUAUAAGAAAACCAAUUAUUGGAUACAGCC